CCUCCUCCACUCGCAUCAGCUCCUCGACAGACAGACAGCCCAACAGCUGGACCGUCUGUCAACAAAGACAGACUCUAGUGUGAAAUGAGAAGACGGAUUGUUCUCCAGCAAUGUUGAACCGGCGUGUUGUGAGAGUCAGGAAUGCUCUGGUGCGAGAGUGCUUGGCUGAGCUCUUGGGAACUUUCGUCUUGCUGCUCUUUGGCUGCUCUGCUGCAGCGCAGGUAAAGACAAGCAGAGAAACUAAAGGCCAGUUCCUGUCAGUCAACAUGGCCUUUUCUGUGGGUGUGAUGUCGGCCAUGUACCUCACCAAGGGCAUCACAGGUGCUCAUCUGAACCCGGCGGUGACUCUGAGUUUCUGUGUGCUGGGCCAGGUGCCCUGGGGAAGGCUGGUGCCCUACUCCCUCAGCCAGCUGCUGGGGGCUUAUCUGGCCUCAGGCCUCGUCUACCUGGUCUACUAUGAUGCUAUAAUGGAGUUUAGUGGAGGAGUAUUGACUGUUUAUGGCCCAAAUGAAACAGCGUCUAUAUUUGCCACAUAUCCUUCAGAGUACAUGACUUUAAGCAGAAGUUUCCUUGACCAGGUAGUGGGCACUGGCAUGCUGAUGUUGUGCAUCCUGUGUUUGAAUGAAGAGAGGAACACUCCGGCUCCCACAAAGCUGAUUCCUCCGAUAGUGGCAACGAUCGUCCUUGGGAUAUCCAUGUCAAUGUCAGCCAACUGUGGUGCUGCCAUCAAUCCUGCUCGGGACCUGGGACCACGCCUCUUUACACUGACGGCCGGCUGGGGCACUGAGGUCUUCACGUGUUACAACUACUGGUUCUGGGUGCCCUUGGUGGCCCCACUUAUUGGAGGUGUUAUAGGUAGUUUCAUGUAUUUGAUCUUCAUUCACUGGCACCUGCCGGACCCAGAUCCCCCUGAGAGCCUCUUCAUUCCCUCCACCAUCAAUGACAAAGUCCAUCAGCCCGGCAUCACGUGGGACAACAGAAAGGAGUUAAAGGCUACACGUCUCUAAGUGUUAGUCAUGAAAAUAUGUCA